ACGGCCGUGCCUCGCGACGCAUGCGCGAUGUCGCUCCGCCGUCCUAUUGUUUACAUUCUCCGAUCUGACGCCGUUAGACACGCGGCUUCGCUAAAAUUUUAAAAGAAACUCGGUAAAAAUAGUUAUCUAGUGAUCAGUGUGAAGGAUUGCGAUCCAGAUUUCACCAAAGGAACCGAGCAAUCUGAAGCGGUGGGUGCGUGGGGGUGCGAUGGGAUGCGGUGGUGGCUGGCUGCGGUGGCGGUCGCGGCGCUGCCCGCGGCCUUCGCCGACGUCAUCUUCAGGGUGCCUGAAGUGAUGGUUCAGCACUCAGCAGCGUCCAGACCAGUGGGUACGGGCCGCGUCAACGCGACUCGAGCCAACGACUCCGAGCAGUGGAACACCGAUGAAGCCCUCAUAGAAGUGAGAUAUGAGGAAUACUUCGUGGAGCAUGACGUGUCUACCCUGGACGCGAGGAGGGCCGCCAGGGCACUGAGGGUUGAAGAUGUUCCAGUGACCCAACUUGGCUGUGGCACCUGCAGCCGCCGCGAGCUGGAGUACUGCGAGACCCGGGUGCUGGCCGACCACUGCUGCUGCGACCGCCAGGUGCUACCAGAACCCUUCCCGUGGCUGCCCCACACCUGCUACAUGGGUCCUCACAGAUGCAAGCCCCUGGCUCAUGACUGUGCUCAGUAUGAACGGCUGAGAGACUGCUGCUGCGCUAGGAAACUUGCUGAACGAUGGAAGAGCAUUCUGUCGAAGUCAACUCGACUGGGGGUAUCAGGAGCGUCGCUUCUCCUGCUAUCCAUGCUGCUGUUCGUGGCCUACCUGUGACACGCGGCCCCGGCCCGGGCGCUGGCGCCUGCGCAUGUUUAGCUGAUAGAAGAGAACCCUGGAUUUUAUCCAAUUUUAAAAUGCUUACACAGAAGGCUGGAUUAUAUCAAGUUCUGUGGUUAAGAUUAAAGAAAACUUCAGAAUGUGUUUAUAGAACAGGGGAAUUAUUCACGAACGUUGAAUGACAAUGACUUAUCUUUUCUUUCCUUCUAGCUUUGAGGUUAACUAGAGUGAUAGAACGAGAGCUUCCCCUCUUAACAGAUAUGCCUCAUCAACGUUAGUGAAUAGAUGACAGAACCAUGUAUUUUAAGCUCAGUGGGUAGAUGCUUUCCUGAUAGCUGUUGGAAUAUUUCAGAAUAACUUUCCAAGAAGCGAUAUAGUUCCCAAUAGCUCGCUGGGUGACCGCUGAGCCUAUUUAGGAGGCCCACAGUUAGAGACUGCGCGGUUUUUAUAGAACUGUUCUCAAGUAUAGGUACAUUGUUGAAGUACGCAAUGCUUACGCUAUGUAGUAGUGAUCAUAAUCCUGAAAUUUGACGUAGGGAGUCUGAGCGAAUCUACAAUCUGUCACGAUAGAACAAGCUUAAUUUCUUUUUCUUCCUACUAAAAGUCGAAUGAAUGUUGCCAUUAUCAAGGUAAUCUCAUGAUGUAUAAACAAGAUCUGAUUAAUUUCUGGAAAUAGCCUUGUUUAUCAUCUGGAUUGUGGCAUAUUAUAAAUAUAAUAUAAUAUAAAUAUAUACGGGACAAAUUACACAGAUUGAGUUAGCCUCGAAGUAAGUUCGAGUCUUGUGUUACGAGAUACUAACUCAACGUUACUAUAUUUUAUUAUAAAUACUGAUGUAGAUAAACAUCCAAGACCAAGGCCAAUCAGAAAAGUACUUUUCUCAUCAUGCCCUGGCCGGGAUCCGAACCCGGGACCUCCAGUGACACAGACAAGCGAACUACAGCUGCGCUUGAUUUAAGAAAAAAAUUAAGAUCUCGGCCUCAAAUUUACCCUAAAUUUCUAUACGUUGCAUAAAGGACCAAAAUAUUAAUAUCUCAAGUCACAAACAAGAGAAUAUUUUAUUAUAUUCAUUUCAUUUCAUAUUUACUUUGGCUACGGCAAGAUGGACAGCGAUCGUUUGACCGUACCUAACACGUUUCAUAGUGAUUUAAGAUGUGUGUGUAAAUGUGCUUAUUAGUAUUUCAUUUUCUUUUUACAUUUUAUUAAGGUCACUGUCCAUUGUUCCACAUGUGGCUUGAAACACACUUUGUAGAUAUAUAAUUGUAGAUAUUACUCGUAGUUACGGAUUUAAAAUCCGACAAGCAGUUGUAAAUUAAAAAAAAAACGAUGAAUGAUGAAAUCACAAUAUUUAUUUUGCUAAAUAUGUAUAUGUAUAGACAUAACACAUACGUGAUGGAAGUUGAAUUUUUCAGGAUUUUUUGGCUUUUUUUAACUUGUUAUUUAUUUCGCAAAAUUUAAGACCCACCUAUUAUAGGCAGCAACCACAAAUUUAUUUAUUAAGCGAAGAAUUAAGAAAUGUUUUUGUUGUGAAAGCCUUAACCUAGUUUUGGAUAUAAGUCUUGAUCUAGCAAAGUCUUAUUCGGAAAUCUGUUAUAAUAUUCAUGUUUUUAAAUCAGAUAAGUAAAAACCAAAGCUAUGUUUAAAUUUUAAAAAAAUAAUGUUGUAUUAUAAGUAAUAUAAGUUUAAACAUAAAUCAAUCAUCACAUCUGUUUACCAAAAGGAAAGACAGAACCUCGGUCAUACUGUGGCCUAGUUAAAUAUUUUGUUAUUUAAAAAAAAGUUUUUGAAAGUAAUAGUCCCCCAUUUUUUCAUCAGUACAUAUCACAAGUACAAAAGAUAUAAACAUUUAAUAUUUAACAAACGUACAAACAAAACAGCGGUGUAGACACAGUUUUUUUUAUAACCAUGUGAAUUGGAUCGUUAUUUCGAAAUUAUUUCUAAAUUUAUUUAAUCGUUGGCUUUAUUUGUUAUUUAUUUAAUUAAGAUAGCGUACACGAAGAAUGCUUUACGUAGAAAAAUCGUUUUGUUGCACCCGUCACGCCAAAGGCGUUUGCUUUCAUCAAAUGAAACUAGUUACGAUAACUGAAAAUUUUAUAUUUUUAAGUAUUAUUUAAGGUUACGUGUCUAUUAUUUCGAUGUCUAUGUUAUAAAAUAAAUAAAAGUAGAUCUACGCAGAAUAUGGCACUAAAUUACGAAUUAUAUUUGGAUCAGAUAUAUGUAGUUACCUAUUUUAAACAUGAAUAAAAGAAAGUUACCACGACACA